CUAUGCGGCAUAGCUUUUGAUUUUUUACAAAACCAAGAAAAAUUAACGUACUACCCUAGUAAUUAUUUUAACAGUCACGCAAAUCUUACAAAUUGAUACUCCUGAGAGUUGAGCCUCUUGCUUGUGAAAUAUUUGUUUCCUACCGGAAAAGACAAGUUGUUUGUUUAGUCUCGCUGCCUUGUAGAAAGAAUGGAGUUCGCGAAUGGAGAUCGCGACAACAGUAAGAGCGGCGCGAAACGCGAAGACAUGGACGAUGUUGAGAGAGGUUUUUCUGAUCGUCCAGAAAAAAAGCCUCGCAGUUCCGAGCAUCCAUUGUCAAGAAAUUGCCCUUAUUUAGAUACAAUUAACAGAGCGGUUUUGGAUUUUGACUUUGAGAAGCUAUGCUCCGUUUCUCUAUCGCACUUGAAUGUGUACGCUUGCCUGGUGUGCGGCAAAUACUUCCAGGGCCGCGGCAACAGCACGCACGCGUACACCCACAGUGUGGAGCAGGGACAUCAUGUGUUCCUGAAUUUGUCCAGUUUAAGGUUUUAUUGCCUGCCGGAUGGAUACGAGAUCCUGACUUUGACACUGGAGGAUAUUACGUUUAAUCUCAAGCCACAUUUUUCCGAUAAAGAAAUCAAAGAAAUGGAUACGGACAGCCGGAUGGCAAUUGCUUACGAUGGGUCGUCCUAUCUGCCUGGUGUUAUUGGGUUGAAUAACAUCAAGGCCAACGAUUACUGCAACGUCGUUUUUCAGGCGCUUUCGCAUGUUCGCCCAAUACGGAAUUACUUUCUCAAAGAAUCCAACUACGCUGCGAUUAAGAGGCCACCAGGCGAUAACAUGAUCGUGCUUGUUCAGCGCUUUGGGGAACUUUUGCGAAAACUGUGGAACAGGCGGAAAUUUAAGGCUCACGUGAGUCCUCACGAGAUGUUGCAAGCUGUUGUCUUGUGUAGUAAAAAGAAGUUCCAGUUUACAGUUCAAGGGGAUUCCGUGGCAUUCUUGUCGUGGUUUCUUAACGCAGUGCAUCAGGGAUUAAAUGGCACUUCAAAGCCAGGUAGCAGCGUCAUCUUCAAAACGUUUCAAGGCAUGAUGAACGUUUAUUCCAAAAAGUUGCCGCCCUUAGAAAUGACUGCGGAAGAGAAAUCAGCGGCAUCGUUGCUCCCCGAAUAUCAAGAAACUGUACAACAAACUCCAUACUUGAUGCUAACAUGCGAUCUCCCUCCAGUGCCGCUUUUCCCGGACGAAAAAAGCGAAAGUAUCAUUCCUCAGAUUCCACUUUACACUCUUAUGCAGAAGUUCAACGGGGUGCAAGAGAAGGAACAAAAAACUUAUAAAGAUUCGACGGUGAAACGUUUUGAAAUUACGAAACUGCCGCCAUAUUUAAUUGUCAGCAUAAGGCGUUUCAACAAUAACACAUUCUUCAUCGAGAAAAACACAACAAUUGUGAACUUUCCGAUAAGAAAUUUUGAUUUUGGAGAUCUUUUGACGGCAGAAGCGAAAAAAGCUCAUAAAUGUACCGUUUAUGACUUGAUAGCGAAUAUCGUUCACGAUGGCGAAGCCAGUGCCGGAGGUAAAGGCACGUACCGCGUAUUCCUUCUCCACAAAGGAACUUCCAAGUGGUUCGAAAUGCAAGAUCUCCAUGUAACUGAAGUCUUACCGCAAAUGAUUACUCUGUCAGAAUCGUACAUUCAGGUUUGGGAGCGACAGGAUCAAGCUUCAUUGUCGAGGGCUUAAGUCUGCAAAUUAUGCGUUAACGUGGGAAUCGUUGGACAGGUCAUUGUUCUCUGUAUUUGCUUUUUUGAUCGGUGAUUCUGUGUUUUUAUCUGAAAUGUUAAUCGUUGCAACAGUUCUCAAUCUGCAAAUCGAGGUUUCUCUUUAUUACUUCAUCAGAUUUGGUAAAACUAUGAGAAAGGAAAGAAACUGAGUGAUGAUGUGCGCCCCUUCAAGAGGCCUGUAUAUCUCACGGUAAAUUACUGCUUAACAGAAACCUUUCACAUGGAACGGAGAAACAAUACCGAAUUAAAGUUAGCGACAACGA